AAUACCACGUGACUGUGACGUUAUUGUUCUACUGCCCCAAAUGAGGGCAGCUGCGGAGGCCUGGUUUCUCUGGUUUCUCGUUGCGGACUGUCUGGAUGGCGUUCAAAAUGGAAGAACAGUCUGCUGCGUAUGAUUCACCAUACCCACCGUCCUACAACGACGUCACUGUGCAACACUCCUCCAUUGGCGGUGGACUAACUUUCGUUGAUUUUCUUCCGCAAUGCAUCCGGUCCGGCGCGUUUUUCAGGCACACGGAGUUUGAGCCGUUCAGGGGUCUGAUCACCUGUGCGAACGAAUGGCUGCGACACAACCCUUCCUGGGAAGUGAAGACAUGCGAGAGCGUGGAAUUCAAGGCAGGUUCCUCCGGACCAAAGGUCGAACAAAUGACUUACCUAGAACGUGGACAAGUUGUUACGCACUUCGUAAGAUGCCUGAGAUUAUGGAUAGUGCCUCGCUCUGAUCAGAGUCGCCCGCCACAGCAGCUCGAUUACAUAAACUUGGUACCACACGAGGUAGAGAGCGGAGGCGUAUUUUCCCUGCCCAAGUAUGAAACACUUCAUCAGAUGAUCGACCGUUACAACAGUGAGGCUCGAUUCCGUCCUGCUCCUGGACGCAUACUGGCAGUCGAGUCUCAGGAAAUGAAAGCAACUGGACACUCUGUGUUUGACCCUGAUAGAUCCUACUGGUUUGAGGGCGGCUCAGUAGUAAAGCGUUUCCUCUUCGUCAUUCGUCUUUUCUUUGAAGUAGGGUCCUCUUCCUCGGAAGCAGUGGGAGUUGCAGACUUUUGUCCAGAAGAAAUCGAACCGGCACGUUGCUGCAGCAUACCCACAUUCGAGAAUUUUUCCAGUGUGCUAGCAAAAGCAUCCCAGUGGUGCGCCCAGCAGUCGGGCAUCCGCUUUUGUAACGCACAGUCACUGGAAAUAAAACUUCACUUAGGAAGGGAUGUUGAUACCCAGCAGCUUUCAUAUUCAGAGCGCAGUAAUGCACCAACUGGGUACGUGCGCGUGCUCCGCGUUGCAUACACGAAGUCCAUAGAAGGUUACUUCGCGGAAGUUCCGAGACUCAACCUACAGUGUAAAACGUUUGUCCCGGUCCAACUGGUGCAAGGAUCACGAACAGACUUCGAAACGCUGGCCGAGACCAAAAGGCGCGUGGAGGCCUGGGUUCGAAUAACAGCGCUAGGUCGAAGCUUUGCUCCAGCCAGAGAAAUGCAAGAACUGUUCCAGUGUCCCAAGGUUGCUGCAGACACCUCCGUCUUUGCCAUUGUAAGAGCACACUGGUCGUGUGACCGUGGGAUCGUGAUCGAACCACAGCAUAUGUUGAAUUCAGACUUGUACGUAUUUGGAGGGUUCCAGGACAUUUGAUCGAACGCCGUUUGGUCGAAAGCCGUUUGAUCGAACGCAGGACAUUUGGUCGAAAGCCAUUUGAUCGAACGCCGUUUGAUCGAAACGGCUGCGGUCGUUUGAUCGAUUUUUUUAAUUGGUUCACUUGGAGUGUCGAAAAUGACAAAAAAAAAAAAAGACAAGGAAUAAAAAAGCUGCAGUUCGAAAUGCAGUUAUCCUAAGGAACAUUUAACUUUGUGUAAUCUGCUUCCCCGUAAACACAUUCCUCAUUAGUGUCCAAAAAGCAGUACAAGGGCGAGGGUUCUUCACCGUUAACUCGUUGGACAACCGAAUAGGUUUUCCCGCUCUGACACAUGGUGACUAAACAUGCUGUACUUGUUAAUCCCCAACCCUUUGUGAAAUAAUAAUAGACGUCAAGUAUUAAACAUUUUGGUAAGUGAAUUAAAAAGUAAGUAAAUGAAAUUUUUGAUGUUUAUUCCCGUCGAAUGUGAACAAAUUUUAACAGUGGAUUAUUGUUUGUAAUCAACUGGCCACUGUAUAGGAGAAAGAGCAGUUUCAGUUUAUUUACUUUUCGCCUAUGUGCAAGUGAACCUAAAUUUAGUUCUUGCAACAGACAUGUAACCGAAGAAGUCCUUUGAAACUUAGACAAGAUUAUAAGGCAGCAGAUCUUUGUACUUUCGCUAUUUCUUCGGAUAUCGUGCAUGUGUAGUGAUUCGAGGCUGCAGAUGCAUACUCUAAGGUCGAACUAAGGUUUUACAUGCUGUUAGUUUAAUAACUCUCGUUGUACCAUGGCGAAAUUUGGUUCUUAGCACCCACAGACUUCGAGUGGCUUUGCACAUAUGACUAUCCCGUUUCAGACCGUUCCCUUUAAAUAUGUCGCCAGCAAUAAGAAGGGUGCCCAGAACAAGGAUAGACUAUCGGCUGCUCUCAACCUGGGACAGCUUUCUUCAAUAUGUGUCCUACUGAUUGGUAAAUGACAAACGCCUGCAACUAACCAGUGGUCUUCCCUCUUCGGCUGCAAAAAGCAAAAAAAAAAAAAAGAAAGAAAGAAGAAAUAAAAAAGCAGAGGACACUGAUUGCCUGCUCCGUAUGCUAGAGUCAAAAGUUACAGAAAAAGUGGAGAAGUUACAGAAACAACACAGUGCAUGCAGCUUUGAAUUCCCUUCGAACAAACGUCUUUCGAACAAACGGCGUCGAUCAACCGGCUUUCGAUCAAACGGCUUUCGACCAAGCGGCGUUCGACCAAACGGCGUUCGACCAAAUGGGCGGACACCUAUUUGGAGUAUUGUACUUAAAAUACUGUAUUUUAAAUACAAUUUGCGGUAUUUUGGUACUCUACUCAAUACUUUUUGUUUUGUGUAUUUGUACUCUAUUUAAAAUACAUUUUAUGGUAUUUUCUACUCAAUACUCUAAUUACAUAUUUUGGAUCUUCCUCUCAAACUUUCUGUGUCUCGUCUUUCCAUUAUCUUGCUUGUUCAGUGGAAAUUUCCUGAGUCCCUCGGACUUGACCCGGGUAGUGCCGGACAUUGGCCCUUCUUGGAAGAAUCCAUUUAGAGAUCUUGCGCCGUGUGUACUAAUCCUUGGCUAGUGAGGGUUCUAUUAUGUGUGCACUGACGCGGUGACGCCGAAUUCUGUCCUCUCCGAGCAGGGACCUGCUAGAAGUUUGCUUUGUUCUGGGUCACAUAUACUUCGUGGAGUCAUGUGGUAUCUCUUUGUCAUCCUUUUGGGACUUGUGUUUAGAUGACUCCUAUCACACGGCGGCGGCCAGAGCUGUGGCGGCGGCUAGCGUAGUGCCCGGGGUUUAGAUGAUUCAUGUGACAUAGCGGCAAAGUUGUACGUAACGCGUUACUAGUAAUUGCGUUACUAGUAAUCAAUUACUUUUUUCCGUAAUUUUUUAACGUAAUCAAUUAAUUUCGUGAGCAAGUAAUUUUCCAAGUAAUCUGAUUACAAUUUUCGGUAAUCAAUUACUGAGUAAUCGAUUACUUUUUUAACCUUCUGUCAACAAUGGCAACCAUUUUCAGCAAGCCAAUCUGUUCCUCUAUUCCACCACGAGUUCGACUGAAGCAAUGACGCAGAAGUCGGCCGCCUCUAGUCCACACGUGUUCGAUGCACGCCACAGUAAUAUGGUAAUCCCUUAAAACCGCGACCUACUGGAGCAACAGUAAAAUAGGUGACUGUAUUGAUAAAUUGUGCGGGCUGAACUUAACAAUAGUAACAAAACGAAGCGGAUGUUUCGAUGUUGUUUUAAAUGUGUAUAUAAAUCUGUGUAUGUGUUUUGUAUGUUG